UGAUUCGAGACGGGGACAUUUCUACAAGUGUCUGCAGUAGCAUCCACUGUGACUAACAAGCUGGGAGGUAAAUGAGUGCAGAGGGAUGCUGAAGACGGCUGCUGCUGCUGUCACCAGCGGAGCUCACGUAAAGGACGACAGAUAGCAGCCAAUGUGUAUGCAAACAAGCCAUUUACAGUCUCUACAAGAAGACAAGUUAACAGAGCACCGGAUAUCCAGGGUGUUAAAGGACGCGACAACCAUAUGUGCAGUCUUGAGAAAAGAAGAUGGCACUGCUUGUGGUUUUUGCACUUUUUUGCCUCUUCUGCUGGGUCUCCUUCUACUUUAUCUUGUGUGUGGUUAACGGGUCCAGGAGCUAUGAGUGGAACUGUCGUCUCGUCACACUGGUACAUGGCAUCCUAGCAGUCUGCAUCACAUCAUAUAUAGGCUAUGUGGAUGGACCCUGGCCUUUCACACAUCCAGGUACCAAGAACACUCCUCUGCAGAUGAGUGCCAUGAUAGUGAGCCUUGGCUACUUCAUAUUUGAUAUGGCCUGGUGUGUGUACUUCCGCACAGAGGGACCCGUUAUGCUGGCCCACCACACCAUGAGCAUCCUGGGAAUCCUGCUGACCCUGUGGCUGGGGGAGUCUGGCAUUGAAGGUUGCGCGGUUCUCUUUGGCAGUGAAAUUACUAACCCCCUACUGCAGGCACGCUGGUUCCUCAAACAGACGGGACAUUACAGGACAGUGCUGGGGAACGUUGUGGACAUCUCGUUUGUGCUGCUGUUUGUGGUGAUGCGAAUCUUUGUGGGAGGCACAAUGCUGUACUGUGAGCUGAUCUCCCCUAGACCAAGAUUCUUUAUCAAGUGCGGGGGAGUGGCAAUGUAUGCUCUGUCCUGGGUGUUUAUGGUGGACAUUGUUCGAUUUGCAAUUCGGAAGAGCAAGAGCUGGCACAAGCAGGGACACCAACAAGAGACAGUGGCAGCUAAUGGCUAUGAAACAAAGAACGACUAAAGUAAACUGAUGUGCAUUUUUGUCCAAGUUUUUUUCUUUGGACUUAAAGGAGGGACACUAAAAAAUAAGAACAUUUUGUUUUUUAAACUAAAACUAAAAAGGGAUAUUUCUUAGUCAUAGUUUUCUAUGUUUAGAACUAUCAUGUGACACCUGCCUGUGCAUUUGAAAAAUAAAUUUGUAUUGCCAAAAUUGCAGCUGUACACAUGAUAGUCUGUGAUUGAUUAAUGUAGAUAAUGCCACUCAAAAACGAAACACUUUCUAUAAUCCCAUGAACAGAUGAUGCUUACAGUGGCCUAUCCAUGUGACAUGUUGCUUCAAUGGAAAGUGAAGUGUUAAGAUAAUGGACAGUUUUAGGGCCCUAUGAUUUCCGCGUUAACGGAAUCACAAAAGGAAAUUGUGGAAUUGAAUGAGUCUGACUGAAAUGCUGUGUUUCUUUAGAAAGAGGAACGUACAGUGCUUAACAAAUUUAUUAGACCACCUGGCAUAUUUGUCUCAAGACCAUCCAGCAUCAUGAAGUGCUUUAAUGUGGACUCUAUCAUUUUCAGUGAGCUCUCCAUGUUUUACCAUUUUGAACAGGAAUGAGGGAUUUCAAACUGAAUUCACCCAAAUUUGAGCAGGCUCACUAGGCUUCUCUGACAAGUCAGAAAUGAAUCAAGCACAACAUUCAACCACUAAAACUCAUUUUUCUGUUCAGGAAUGCAAGUAAAUAAGUAUAA